AUGGUUUCAGAUCUGCGGCGCUUCGUUGAACGAUUCGUUCAAGUGUAUACAGCGCCGAAUGAACAUCAAGAACGUUAUUUUCUCAUAAUUCUAAAGUCAAACGUGUUAGUUGGUCAAGACCUCUGGCUUGAAUAUAAACGCCGCACCGCUUCACCUAAUGCACCAUUCGACGAAGAAGCAGCCAUGAAGUUAUGGAAUGAUUCGCCAACGUCAGCGUGCGGAAUGGACGCUUUUGUUACGCUUUUAACCAGAGUGUCGUAUAAUUUGCAAUUGUUUGAGUGUUUGGCGGAAAUACUGACACCCCCAAGAGAAUUGGUGAUGCGAUGGAUGGCUCCUUAUCUUAAUAGACAUAAUAAGUAUGAUUUUGAAGAGGAUGUAUGGCUAUGUGAUCCUUGGGGCAGUGGGUUCUGGACCGAGGACACGAGAGAGUUGAACUUGAGAAGAGAUAUGAUCAGUUGCUUGGAUAUAUUGCGGCAAUUCAAUGGCAGGGAAGAUGUCAUUGCGGAAGCACUGCGUAUUUUAGAGGAAAGAGAUGUUUGUGUAUAUUUGAAAGCAUACUGUCAAGGUUGA